AUGCGCGAGAGCCUCCGGCGACUUGCGUCAGACGACGGCAUGGUUUCACGACUCAGUACUGGACGAGUGCGAGUGGAACUGCUGACUGGGGAACAUAUAACGCUGGAUGUUGAAAGAAAGUCCACCGGUGCUGAUCUGUUGGACAGUGUGUGCGAUGCUCUGGACAUCUUAGAGAAGGAUUACUUCGGGCUGUUGCACACUCAGCGCGACUCUCGCCAGUGGGUCGACUUGAAGAGACGGCUGACUAAAUCAUUUAGAAAUGAGCCUUGGGAUGUCAGAUUUGCAGUUAAAUUCUACCCACCGGAGCCUUCCGAAUUACACGACGAAGUUACCAGAUACCAAGUAGGUCUUGCGAUACGAAGAGAUCUGAUUGAAGGUCGUUUAAAAUGUUCAACAAUAACAUAUGCAUUGCUCGCAUCUUACGUGCUACAAGCAGAGCUCGGGGACAGAGAGGGGAAAGUCCCGACUACCAUCCUCUCGACACACAACGCGGUUCCCUUGCAAGUGAUCACACCGGACUUCGAGGAUAAAGUGGACGAGUUAUACAGGAAACACAAAGGCCAAACCCCAGCAGAAGCAGAACUAAACUACCUGGAGAACGCCAAGAAGCUGGCGCUGUAUGGCGCUGAGCUGCACAGUGUGAGGGACUCUGAUGAUGCGGAGAUCAUCCUCGCGGUAUGCUCUGGUGGCAUCGCUAUACUGAGGGAUGGAAUAAUAAUGAGCCGGUUCCCCUGGGCCAUGGUGUCCAAGCUGAGCUACCGGGCGCGGGCCUAUUGGGUGCGGCUGCGGCCCACCGAGAGCCUCGCAAGCGAGCAGGGGGAGGCGCGCGUCGGCUUCCGGCUGGGAACUGCCAGUGACGCUAAGAGGCUAUGGCGGUGCUCUGUUGAAUUCCACAUGUUUUAUAGACGAGAAGCUCCAGUGAAGGUGGAACGCAUCACGGGGUUCCCCAGGUUCGGUUCCCGACGAGUGUCAUGUCGCAGCACUUUGCGACAACUACGUGCCAUC